GGAAUCCCAUUCAGGAGAGGCGGGGUGGCGAAUUCUUCCACGAUCUUAAGCUGGGAGCGUGUGGGGCGAGGAUGGGAAUGGGUUUGGUUUGAUGCUGAAUGGGGCUUGAUCGGGGAUCUGCAACAGAGAUCAUUCAUACGGAUCUGUUGUGGCUGGAGAAGGGCCUGCAAGGGAGCCGGGAGGGUCGCGUCGACUUUUCCUUUUGGCCUCCGUUGAGGUUUCCAGCUGGUGGGAUCAUGCGGCAGCACCAAGGCUAUAUUGGGCUACUUGCUCCAUUAUGUAUCCUGUUCCUUUUCCUCCUGUUCACACUCACUGCCUCUUACAAACCCAUCAUCGUGGUCCAUGGCCUGUUUGACAGCCCUUCCGACUUCCGGCAGCUGUUGGUGUUCAUCAAUGAGACCCACCCGGGUACCAAUGUCACAGUCAUUGAUCUGUUUGACCACACCGAGAGCCUGAAGCCUCUUUGGAUGCAAGUGGAAGGUUUCCGGCAAGCCAUUUACCCCAUCAUGCAGAAUGCUGUCGAUGGAGUCCAUCUCAUCUGCUACUCCCAAGGAGGACUCAUCUGUCGCGCUCUCCUCUCCACGACGCCCGACCACAACGUGGACACCUUCAUCUCUCUCUCUUCCCCACAGAUGGGGCAAUAUGGGGACACCAAGUACUUGAAGUGGCUCUUCCCGGAGCACAUGAAAUCCAACCUGUACCGUUUAUGCUACACGCAGCUGGGCCAGGAUUUCUCAAUCUGUAACUACUGGAAUGAUCCACACCAUCGGGAUCUUUACCUCAACAACAGCAACUUCCUGGCUCUGUUGAAUGACGAGAGGCUCCAUCCCAACGCAACAGCCUGGAAGAGAAACUUCCUGCGGAUCCGAAAGAUGGUUCUGAUUGGGGGUCCAGAUGACGGUGUAAUCACGCCAUGGCAGUCCAGUCUGUUUGCCUUCUAUGAUGAUAACGAGAAUGUGAGAAAUAUGACAUCACAGCCGGUCUACCUGCUGGAUACCUUUGGCUUGAAGACUCUGGACGCUCGAGGCGACAUCGUUUUUUACAAAAUGCCAGGCGUCACCCACACAAACUGGCAUUCCAACCUCACAGUUUAUGACACUUGCAUUGCCAAAUGGUUGACGUAGCUGGCGGGGACUUGAGGAGAAGCUGGCAGAGGAGGAGAGUGUCCUAAACCGAGAUGCGCUGUGGUACCUCAUCUUGGCAUUUCUUCCCAACCGAGAAGAAACCCCGCUUUUGUUACCUAUAGCUUUUUUGUUUCGUUUUUGUUUUUAGGAUGGUUGAUAUUUUCUUUCAUAGCGGAAGAAACCUUUUUUACCUGCAGGACCUUUUGGGGAAGGCUUGGAGCAGUUUGGGGGACUCCAGGUGGCUGCAGGGCAGGAAAUGACCAUGCCAUUUUUUAAUUUUUGGCAGCUCUGACCUGUGAAAGCUGCAGGAAAAACCGCAAAAGGACAAUUCAGCAGGAUCAAAUACUUGAGAAGAAUUGGGGGGGGGGAUUUAGGUGCUGAAUUUAGCAAAGAGACUGAAAUCAGGAAAUGUAUUACAUUUAAAUGCAACAGAUAAUGUUCCUAUUUCAUAUUUCCCGCUUCCAAACCUCUUGCAGAAAUCUAUGCCUUGUGGAAGCUGGCCAUAUUUCUCUUUGAAAUUCUGACACUGGAAAGGUUGGGUUUAGAAAAUGCCUUUUCAAUUGGACUUUUUAAAAAGACAUCACCUUCUUUCUGGCAAAAAUCUGAAUACUGUUUCUAAUGGAGACUAAAGUUCCAGAAAGGUGACAGAAACUAAUUGUGAGAACGUUUCAAUAAGCUAACAUUAUUUUGCACAGAUAAGUUGAGAUUUCUGCUUUGACAUUUCAACAGAGAAGAUGGGUCAGUUUGUAAUCUUUUACCAAAACUCCAGUUCCCUGGCAUUUUCAAAUUUUAACCAUGUAGGCGUCACCACAAAAUCAUCUAAUGGUUCAGGGUUGCAGUUUUCCCAGUAAUUUGCUUCAGUCUCUUUGUUUGCACCACAAUGUUGGAAGGGGAUUCAGAGCUUAGUCCUCCAAUCAUAGAUCAAAACAAAUAUUUUACCGUAAAUUAUUGACUAAAUGGAAAUGCAAUAUGUAUUUAUUAGAAAUGUGUAUAUUUCCCCUCCUCCUUUAGAAGCACAUUCUCAGAAACUCAGGUUAGCAACAAAAAUCAAUGUAGACAGAAACUUCGUCGUUUGCUCUGUUGUCUAUAUAUUUUUUAGAAUGAUAUGUGCUUAAACCACCCAGUGACAGCUGUUAAGAGGCAGCUGCUGGCUGAUUUUGGGGGAGCAUCUGCUAAGGUACCCUCAUCUCUUGGAGGGAAAACUGCAGAGCUUCACCACUUACAGAAAGGGAAAGGGACCUGGUGCCCUUUCUGAUGUUUUGGGACUACAAUGUCCAUCAUCCCUGACUGCCGGCCAUGCUGCUUGGGCUGAUGGGAGUUGGAGUCCCCCAAGAUGCGAAGGGCCACAGAUUCCCCACCCGCCUGCUACAGUAUUAACUCUUACUAUCACCAAGGUACAAUAGGACAUAACGCAAUAGGACUCAGGUUUAACGCUGACUGUGGAUCCAGGCUGUGUUUAUGUGAAGCACAUUCAUUUCCUCAAAUAAUUACAGGCGCUGUCGUUUACCCCUCACAGAGUUACGAUUCCCAGCUGCCCUUAACAAACUGCAGAAAAGAAUGUGCCUCAAAGUGUAUACUCAGCUGGAGCUUGAAAAAGGAAAUGAAAAGGGAAAUGAAGACAAGACAGGGUUCACUUUCAGCUGCGCUCGGUGAGGCUUGAGGGGGAUAAUUAUUCUUGGAAAUGGUUUACAUGCUAUGUGGAAUGAGAGAAUGGAACGCUAGACUGCUCCACUUCUAGCAGCGUGGAGAGAAGUUGUGUUUUUGAAUGUUCCUCCACAUAAAAGAAAAACACAAAUCCUUUAUGUAGUAAACUGGUACACUGGAGAGAAAUGCUUAGCUUAGCUUAGCGCUUUACCUGUUGUCUUUGCUGCCUGCAUGCUACAGAAGGGGCUUUUUAGCAGGGGAACAUCUAGAAAUGUGACCCACACAAUCCGAAGUCCGGCCACCCAGACUCCUUAUCCCUCCCUUUCAUUCCAUCUACUACGUUGUUCAGCUGGCUCUUAAUGUGUUUCAACGUUCUUCCUUUGAUGAGGUGAUGACCAGAGCUGUGUAUAUAGCCCAGCUAGCAAGCAAAUGGGCCAUAUUCAGAUUUCAUCAUGCAAAGUUUGAGUUCGUUUGCACAGGCUGCCUGGAUUUU